AAUCAGUCAAAUUGUUCGGCUUUCAAAUUCCUGCUGUUGAUAAAUAAAUUUAUUUUAACGCAAUUAUUCUACUAAUAACAUAGAAAAUUGAAGUAAUUAAUAAUUAACGUUGAAAAUGGUUCGCAUAAUAAGUCAGGAAACGUACGACGAAGUGGUUCGGGAGAAUAUUGAAGAAUUUGAUAUGACUCCUGAAGAUGCUAUAAAAGAAGCAGUAGCACAAUUUGAAGCUCAAGGUGUGGACUUAUCAAACAUUAUUCGGGAUUUGAGUCUAGGCCCAGGUGAUAAUCAUUUAGUAAGCAUUACUGUAACAAAAUUGAAGGAACUACCGAGAAAUAAUAGUGAAGAAAUAUCAAAGGAACUGGAUGUAUUAAUUGCAGAAUGCAACAAAGACAUAGCACAUAGAGUGAGAGCAGGCAAAGAAGGGGCGUAUAACAUACUUAUAGAAUUAUUAGAUACCUCCUACAAAUCAUACAUACGAACUCCCAAUGAAACUGAGAAAAUUGCAUUUUUAAAGAAAGUUUUAAUAAGUCUAACAGCAUUGAUGGACAGUCAGCCAGACUUACUUGAUCCAAAAGGAAUAGAGUUAAUGAAAACUUUAUUAGAUAAUGUGGAAAACCAGGAUAUUUUAAAAUCAACACUGAGAUGGAUAAGUGUAUGUUGUCUUAAACAUGAAAUAAAUAGACAAAAGAUUUUCGCACAAAAUAUUAUAGAGAAUUUGAAAAAACUACUGAAAAUUAAGGGGAAUACAAAGUUACUAAGUGAAACGCUACAAGUAAUUCGUCGGCUAACACUCGACGACGACAUUCGUAUGGAGUUCGGUAAAGCCCAUGAACACGCAAGGGAACUUGGUAUGCAGCUGUUGGAACCGCUGACAAAUUUAUUGAAAGAGAACACGAAACCGCCGCUCGUAUCGGAACUAAUGCUGACGUCAGCGAGCCUGCUGGUCCGACACGAGCUGUGCGCUAAAGUGGCCGAGUGCGAUGGUGGCGUGCUGUUCACUGUGCUCGCUGAUAACUUUGAGAACAUGGCUGUUGCUCAGCAGGCUGGGAAGCUAAUAACAGCGCUCGCCGGUAACGACGAUGUCAAGAGGCAGUUGGUGAGAAGCGGAAUUGUUCCAAUCAUUGUGUCCAUUUUAGCGAGACAUUCCAGCAACCCAACAGCAGCGGCCAUAACACUGAAAUGUAUAGCGGCUCUAACGUUACGUGAAUCGGAACAUUCGCGGCAGUUCGUGGACGCGGGUGUAGCGGAACAUAUAGUGCAGUGUAUGUUGAUGCAUUCGGACGAUAGAUCUGUACAGAAAAACGGUUGCUGGGCCAUAAGAAACAUAGUGGCUAGGUCAAAAGAUCUUAGCGUGAAAUUCUUAGAAUUAGGAAUAGAACCAAUACUAAACAAGGCAUAUGAACAAUUUGCUAAAGACUUCGGUUUUGAUAUCAAAUCUGCGUUGAGAGAUUUGGAGUGUGAUGUCAAAUUGGACGAACAGUGGACUGGGAAAGGCGUGCAAUUGGAGCAAUAAACGCGGCGUGCGAAACGCGGCGUUUGGAUUGCGACGUUUAUAAUUGGCCCUCUUCACAACUGGCAGUGUUGGCCCAACAAAUGAUGGUCGAUGUUUGCCGCCAUUACGGCGAUUAUGAAUAAGCAUCUACAAUGACGGCCGAUCAUAGACAUUAAGGACUACACUAUUGUGAUUGCUACUACUCGCUCAACGCUCAUUGUGAAGAGGGACCAUAAAAUUUUGAAAACGCUCAUUAUGUGGAAUGUAUUCGUGUACCGGCCAUUUGAUUUAGAGCCGAUUUUUCAAUCCUUG